AUGACUGAGUUUGAUGACGAGCCAAUAACUUUGUCGGCACACGCCUUAGCUGCCUUACAAGAAUUUCAACAGGAGGAAAAACAGCGUAUUGAAAAAUUUGAAUCAUUAUACAAAGCCUCGGAAAAUAAAUUCGAUGAACAGCAAGCAAAACCGGUUGAGGUGAAAAUUGAUGAUUUCAAAGAGGACUGGCAGUUAUCGCAGUUUUGGUAUGCGGACGAUACUGCGAGGACGCUAGGCAAGGCUUUAUUAGAGGGAGCUGAUGAAGAUACUGUAAUUGUUGUUGCUUCUGCUCCAUCUGUAUAUGCUGCAAUAAAACAAUUUCCCAAAGACGAAAUACCCACAAAGCAUAUUUAUUUGUUGGAGUAUGAUUCUAGAUUCAAAGUUUUGGCAGGAAGUGACCGUUUUUUCCUGUACGACUACAACAAGCCCAAUGAUAUUCCAGAUCUUUUGAGACACAAAUGUCAUCGACUUCUCAUUGAUCCACCAUUUUUAGAAGCCAAUUGUCAAACAAAAAGUGCACAAGCAGCAAAAAAUUUGUUAGUAAAGGAAAACGAACGACUGGGGAGAACAGAGUCUGGAGAUAUAAAGUUCAAGUUGAUUUCCUCAACUGGUGAAAGGAUGCACGACGUUGUCACCAACCAUUACCCUGGCACCAAAAUCACCAACUUUUACCCAGAGCACAAGAAUGGGUUGAGCAAUGAAUUCAGGUGUUAUGCCACUUUCGAAUGCAGUCACUGGAAAUUUACGAAUGAAGAUUAA